UUGGUAUGCAGUCGCUGGUGAUUGGUUUGCUUGCGUUGGCAGCGGCCACCGCCGAUUGCCAUAAGCAUCCAAAUUACGCGCCUGGUCACGAUGUUAUUGUCCAUUUGUUCGAGUGGAAGUGGAACGAUAUUGGCGAUGAGUGCGAACGGUUUUUGGGACCGAUGGGGUUCGGGGGGGUCCAGGUAUCGCCGAUCCAAGAAAAUGUGAUUAUUCCCAAGAGGCCGUGGUGGGAGCGUUAUCAACCGAUCUCCUAUCGAUUCGUCACGCGUUCCGGUAACGAGACAGAGUUCAGGGACAUGGUCAGGAGAUGCAACGCCGUUGGCGUUCGAAUUUACGUUGAUGCACUGCUUAAUCACGUGUCAGCUGAUCACAAUUUCGAGGUCAAUGGGACCGGGGGUAGCUGGGCCGAUCCGGCAACCAGAAAUUAUUCGGCUAUACCGUAUACGCGCUCGGACUUCCAUCCGAGUUGUGCACUGAAGGAUUUCAGCAAUCCUGUGGAGGUGAGGAACUGCGAACUCGUGGGACUUCAUGAUCUUAAUCAGAGUGUCGAACAUGUCAGGGAGAGAAUCGUUGAAUUUAUGAAUCGGGCGGUCGACGCUGGGGUCGCCGGUUUUCGAAUCGACGCCGCAAAACACAUGUGGCCAACCGAUCUCCAAAUAAUAUACUCCCGCCUGAGUAACCUCAGCCCCGCGCACGGUUUCCCCCCCGACUCGCGACCGUACAUUUACCAGGAGGUAAUCGACGUAGGCGGAGAGGGUGUAUCGAAAUUCGAGUACAACAGCUUCGGCGCCGUGACCGAGUUCAGAUACGGCGCUGAGGUAACAAAGGGAAUGACCGGAAACAAUCCCCUCAGGUGGUUCAGGAGCAUCGGCGAGGACUGGUCGAUGCUGCCCCGCGACUCAGCCCUGAUUUUCAUCGACAAUCACGACAAUCAGCGGGGCAGCGGUGGUGGCGGUGCAGUCCUCACGUACAAGCGUCCGAAGCUCUACAAAAUGGCGGUUGCGUUCAUGCUUGCGCACCCCUACGGCAACCCGAAAAUCAUGAGUUCGUUCGCGUUCGACGAGUCCGAUCAGGGCCCACCUGCGGAUGCCCAGGGCAAUCUCACUCCGCCUGUGAUCAGGGCGGACGGCAGCUGCGGGGGCGGAUGGGUCUGCGAACACCGCUGGCGGCAAAUUUACAACAUGGUGGGAUUCAGAAAUGCCGUUAACGGCAGCAAGAUAGACCAGUGGUGGGACAAUUGGAACAAUCAGAUUGCCUUUUCGCGGGGCAAUGCCGGAUUCAUUGCCAUCAAUGCUGAUAAUGACGAUCUCAGGGCGAAUAUUCACACGGGACUUCCGGCGGGCGUCUACUGCGAUGUUAUUUCUGGGAGUCUCGUUAAUGGCGAGUGCUCUGGGAAGACGGUGGAAGUGAGGAAGGACGGCUAUGCGUUUGUCGAGAUCCUGGUGGAGGAGGAGGACGGAGUUCUCGCGAUUCAUCGAAAUGCGAAACUAAACUCCCAGCCGUUGGAGUCUGAACUCGAGAGUGAGAAUAUGAUCUACAGCACUUUUAGAGUAAUUUAAUAAUGUGUAAAUCACAUCACUGAUCGGAUUGAAAUGUAAAUAGGUGAAUGUUUAAAUAAAAUCACUCAUUAGUUUUAGUAUUUUUCAA